GGGAGGGUCAGAGAGAGAGGGAGACACAGGAUCUGAAACAGGCUCCAGGCUCUGAGCUGUCAGCACAGAGCCCGACGCGGGGCUUGAACUCACGGACCACGAGAUCAUGAACUGAGUCGAAGUCGGACGCUUAACCGAUUGAGCCACCCAGGCACCCCCAAGUUAUUCUACCAAAAAUUUAAAAAAUUUCCUUUGACUUCUAGAUUUAUGACUUUGACUUGGGUAAAUAAACUUUUAGAGCUGAUUUUAUUUGAACAAUGCAGAUAAUGAUACUUGUUCUAUUUACCUCUCAUGGUUGUGCAAUCAGAUCAAACCAAGUAUCAUAUGGGAUAGGAAUCAGGCAUGGUGCUAGAUAACCAAUAAUGUAGACAAACAUAGUACUUCUCUUUAAAGCACUUAUAGGUGGUGAAGGAGAAGUCAUUUUGCAAAUAAUUAUUUAACAUUCUAUGAACUAAGUACUAAGAAGGAGGUACAGGGAGCCUAAGACUAGUCUUGGAUCAGGGAAAGCUGCCCUGUGGAAGAGAGAUUUAAGCUGAGACUUGUUUAUUGAAGGGUUUGUGGAAGACCACUCCUAGCAGAGAGGAAUAGUAUUUGCAGAAACUCCCAAGUUUUGAAGAAGCUUAGAGGGUCCUUAGUAACCAAAAGUCCAGUCUGGCUGACAGCAUUUUUUAGCCUUCACAAUAGCCCUGUAAGUUGACUCCAUGAAAAAAAAUUUUUUUUUAAUUAUUUUUGAAAGACAGAGAGCCCUACCUAGUCUGGGAGGGGCAGAGAAAGAGAGGGAGACACAGAAUAUGAAGCAGGCUCCAGGCUCUGAGUUGUCAGCACGGAGCCCGAUGUGGGGCUUGAACCCACAAACCUUGAGAUCAUGACCUGUGCUGAAGCUGGAUGCUUAACUGACUGAGCCACCCAGGUACCCCAACUCCAUUUUAUUAGUAAGAAAACAGAAGCUCAGAGUGGCUUAGUAAAGCCUGUUACUGUUUAUAAAUGACAGUUUCAUGUUUUGAACCCACAUUGGUUGGUCUGUCUCCAAACUCCUUGCUCUCUUCUAUGCCAUUCUUUGUCUGAGUCACUUACCUCACAGGCUUCUUGUGCUCCCAAACACAUCUUCUUGUUAUUUUCUCAGAGGGCUUAGCAUUUCUCCCUCUGGCUAAUUGCGGAGCCAAUGAUCAGGUUUUUUCUUUACACUGAGGUAAUAAUGACAUUUAACCCUCACAGGUUGUGUACUUCGUACUCUUACUCGUAUACUAUAAAAGUCCUAGAAGCUUUUGCAGGGGUGGAAUCUUGUGGACUCUGGGGCUGAUUUAAAACUGCAGCGUUGUCUGUGGCCUCUCAUUUAAAAAUAGCCUCAUGUUGCUCAUGGGGUGCCUUAAUAGAGCCAGCAUUUCCAUCAGCUUUUGCUCCCUACCCCAAGACACUCCAGAUAAACAAAGAUAAACAAAGAUCUGAGUAAUAAACAGUGUGCUGCUCCUGUAGCUUCUGCUUUCUCCCACAAACCUCUCUUGAUAGAAAUCCUAAAGCCACCAUUAACGAUUAUUUUAUUGGAAUAAUGUAAAUAAAAAGAGUUUAAUUGCUUUUAAGGUUUAAAAAACACUAUCCUAGUUUAUGUAAUGUUCACAGGAAAUAUUUCUUAAACGGGAAUUUUUCAAUCCUUCCUAUCUGUUUAUCUCUUACCAUGGGCACUAACUCUCCUGAAACAUCUUUGUAAGUCGGGGAGGGAGUUUUGUUGUUCUUAAAGCCUGAGGAGAUGGUAUAGACUGAUAACAUUGAAGCCCGGUACUUGAAACCUGAAGAAAAUCUCCUAUGCCCUCAAUGUCUCCAGAUAAUUUUAUGAUAAAAAUAAAUCAAUUCAGGCUAAAUGUCCUUGUUGCUUUUUGUAAAAAGAGACGUUUUAAUGCAAAUACUUAGUUAAAUCUUUAUUGUUGAGAGUUUGCUUAGAAACUAUUUUUCCUUUUCAGAUCUUUUUCUAAUUUCUUAACCUUCAAUUUUUUUUAUCUUCUCAAAAGGCACUGCAUACAUUUGAGGGGGCUACUUUAUGCCCUGUCCCAUUUUAACUAACAGGUUGUGCUUUUCUAGGACUUUGUGAAGCUUGUUGUAAAGGAAUUCUUUGUUCUGGUAAAUGGAGGCUGAUGUUUUAUUCUAAUUGUUAUGAGUUUUUAUAUUUCUUUGUUUUCAGAGGGUUUCUCUUGGUGUAGAACCUGAUUUACUUGAAAUGUGAAAUAAUAAAUUGAUUGCCUCCACUAGCCUUCUUUGUCCUGUUUUAUGUGAAAUACUGAAAUAAAUGUUUGCCUUAUGAAUUUCUCUCUUUUAAAAACACCCAGAGACACCCAUUUUAGGGGCGCAUGCUAGAAUACUUUUGUCAUUAUUGUUCUACUCCUCUUUCCUUUCAAGUUGCCUAAACACAGCUGAGUUGGUAAGAAGAGCAAAGACAACAUGAUAGUGCUGCCAAGUAGACAGGAAGCUGUAGUGGACCUAGCAGGCAGAGGCGGCUGAGCACACCCUCCAUCCAAUCAGCUGUGAGUGCUGUUGCUAUGUGCACUCUUACUCUGCUGCCUUUGUGGAAAACCUUACACAGAGGGAAGCGGAAUCAGCACCCACUGCUGAACAUUUGUUUUAACCACUGCAGACAUCUGGAUCCCUCAGUUACUGACUGUGUAGCUAUUGACAGCCAGAAGGCAACUUCUUUUAUACAAGGAUUCCAGUAUGGUUUUCAGUGGAAACAAAGGGCUUCACAGAGAAGAUACUCUAGAUGAAUAUUUUGAAUAUGAUGCAGAGGAGUUCUUGGUCUCUUUGGCCUUGUUAAUAACAGAAGGACGAACACCUGAAUGUUCUGUAAAAGGUCGCACAGAAAGUUUCCAUUGCCCUCCAGCACAGUCCUGUUACCCAGUAACUUCCAAACAUGAAUGUAGUGACAAGCUGGCUCAGUGUCGCCAAGCCAGAAGAACUAGGUCUGAGGUCUUACUGUUGUGGAAGAAUAACCUUCCAAUCAUGGUGGAAGUGAUGUUACUCCCAGAUUGCUGCUACAGUGAUGAUGGGCCCACCACAGAUGGAAUUGAUCUCAACGAUCCUGCAAUUAAGCAGGAUGCAUUAUUAUUAGAAAGAUGGAUAUUGGAGCCAGUUCCUCGACAGAGUGGCGAUCGGUUUAUUGAAGAGAAGACUCUUCUAUUGGCUGUCCGCUCAUUUGUGUUUUUUUCUCAAUUAAGUGCUUGGCUGAGUGUUUCCCAUGGUGCUAUUCCACGAAAUAUUCUUUACAGAAUCAGUGCUGCUGAUGUAGACCUGCAGUGGAAUUUUUCACAGACCCCGAUUGAACAUGUGUUUCCUGUUCCUAAUGUUUCUCACAAUGUGGCCUUGAAAGUCAGCGUUCAGUCCUUGCCCAGACAAUCUAAUUAUCCAGUUUUGACCUGUAGUAUUCACACUAAUAUUGGCCUUUAUGAGAAAAGAAUUCAAGAACAUGAACUUAAAGUCCAUCAGCACCGCAAUUCUAGUGAAGUAGAACAAUGUAGUACAAAUAGUUCACAGCGUCUGUGUAGCAAACAAUCUUGGACCAUGGCACCUGAAAGCAUAUUGCAUGCAAAAAAUGGCACAACUCCAGAAUAUAUUGCAGCUGUCAAAAAUGUCAAACUGUAUCCAGGCACUGGCAGUAAAUCUGACUAUGGAACAUGUCAAGCCAAUAUUCUGGGCUUCAGUGGUAGAGGAGAUAAAAAGUCACAUGAAACACCAGUGAGAACUUUAAAAUCAUUUUCAAUGAUUGAUUCCAGGGUCUCUAGCCACCAGAGUUCCUGGCAGUCAGUUGGUGAGACUAAUCCUUUAAUAGGCUCUUUAAUUCAGGAGCGACAAGAAGUUAUUGCAAGAAUUGCUCAGCAUUUGAUUCAUUGUGAUCCAAGCACUUCCCCUGUUUCUGGACAUCCAUUUAAUAUGCAAGAGUCUAGUUCACUUAAUUCAAAACUUUUCCGGGUUUCAAAAGAAAAUGAAAAUGUGAGAAAAUGUAAAGAAACUUUCUCCAUUUCCUUUGGUAGUCCUGAGCUUACCUCCUCAGAAGACACCAGUGAGGGAAAAAUUCAAGUAAAACCAGAUACUCCUCGAAGUGAAACUGGCAGUUCCAAUGGUCUUUAUUCUCGUCAGUCUAUUGGUGAGACAAAUCCUUUGAUCGGCUCUUUACUCCAGGAGCGACAAGAUGUUAUUGCAAGGAUUGCUCAACACUUGGAGCAUAUUGAUCCAACUGCAUCACAUAUACCCCGGCAGUCAUUCAACAUGCAUGACUCCAAUUCGGUUCCUUCGAAAGUAUUUAGGAGUACAUAUGAAGACAACAAUUUGUGGAAGAAAAACAAGGAUGUUACCUCUGUUUCCAUUUCCAAUACAAAAUUUUCCUUGUUAGAAGACAGCAGCGAAGGGGAAAACUUAAUACCCAAUAAAUCAUUUAGUUCUUUUAAAUGUAAUGGUAAAGUCGAAUCCUCUUUGAAACCUCAAAUAAGAAGAAAGCUGUAUCAGGACAAUCCUAGUGAAACCAUCCAAAAUACUUUCCAAGAGAUACAGAACAAAGCCACUAGUUUAUUGACUCCCUCAAAUAUGCCUCACUGCAAAAAAAAUAACUUAGAAUUGACAGUCAGAUUGGAAAAUACACUUUCUGAGUGUCAAUUUAAGGAGCAAGAAAUUAGCAAUGAAACUGAUAAAAAGUAUUCAAAUUUCAACAGUAUUGACAAACAGAUUUGCACAGAUAAGUAUAAGGAAAAAAGAAUAAAAAAUGAAAAUUCUAAUCCAGAAUAUUUUAAGAAUCAUGAAUUUGAUAAUUCCAAAAAACAUGACUCAAAAAUAAAAGCUACUAUGUUGGAAAUGUCUGAAUAUUUGAACAAACAUGAAAACAAGUGCUCAAAUAAAGACUCAGAAAGGCCUAAGACAUGUGAGCAAAAUACUCAACUUAAUAGUAUAGAAAAUUAUCUCAAUAAAGAUAAUGAAGUUCGCAAAUGCAAAAAGCCAGACCUAUUAAAAAUUGAACAGGAUAAGAAAGAAGAGAUAAUUGAUGAAAAAUCUCAAAACUGUUCUCAGAGAAAGAAAGUAAAAGACUGUUUGUCUACAUGUGAACGACUGAAAAAUACAGAGGUGUUGCAGAAGACUAUACCACUGAAACAUUCAAGUGUCUGGCGGAAACAUAAUUUUCAUUCCUUAGAUGGGACCUCAACCAGAGCUUUUCAUCCUCGAACUGGAUUGCCUCUUCUCUCAAGUCCUGUUCCUCAAAGAAAGACACAAUCAGGUUGCUUUGAUUUGGAUUCUUCAUUACUGCAUCUGAAAAGCUUAUCAUCUGGAAGUCAUCGACCAUGUUUAAACACUGAAGAUGAUCCAGAUAUUCAUGAAAAACCAUUUCUGAGUUCUAGUGCUCCACCUAUAACAAGUCUUAGUCUCUUAGGAAAUUUUGAGGAGUCUGUCUUGAACUAUCGUUUAGAUCCUCUUGGCAUUGUUGAUGGUUUUACUGCUGAGGUAGGGGCAAGUGGUAUUUUCUGCCCCACACAUUUGACUCUUCCAGUUGAAGUGUCAUUCUACAGUGUUUCAGAUGAUAAUGCUCCCUCUCCUUAUAUGGGUGUGAUUACUUUAGAGUCCCUUGGUAAAAGGGGUUAUCGAGUACCUCCUUCAGGAACAAUACAAGUGACCUUAUUUAACCCUAAUAAGACUGUGGUGAAGAUGUUUGUUGUGAUAUAUGACUUACGAGAUAUGCCAGCUAAUCAUCAGACAUUCCUACGACAAAGAACUUUUUCUGUACCUGUUAAACAAGAAAUGAAGAGAAGUGUUAAUAAAGAGAACGUCCGACAUACAGAAGAACGGUUAUUGCGCUACCUCAUACAUCUGAGGUUCCAGAGUUCUAAAUCUGGAAAGAUCUACCUCCAUAGAGAUGUACGGCUCCUGUUCUCUAGAAAGUCAAUGGAAGUUGAUAGCGGUGCUGCGUAUGAACUCAAAUCUUACACUGAAUCGCCAACAAACCCUCAGUUUUCACCAAGAUGUUGAUAAGGAGUAACAAUUUAAAGCAUUCGCUCAGUACCCAAGUUUGAAAGUAAAAAUUAGCAUAGAACGGAGUGCACCAAUUAACAUCCAGGAGGGUGGAUCCUCUCCUGUUAUCCUGGACCAGUUUUUAUUAAAGGAUUCCUGGAAUGAGAUCCACAUAUUCCAAGUAGACUGGAAACACUCAUGUCCUAAUCCAUUUUGUACUGUUGAAACCACUUCAUUGGACAUGUUGCAAUAGCAACCCCCCCUUCCCCAAUUAGAUUAGUGUUUACACAUUUUAUUUCUCAGUUAUUUAAUAUUUAAUGUUUUCCUUAAUACUCAAGUGAUGUUUGUCUCUAGUGUUCUAAUGUAGCACAAAUCCUAUGUGAAAUCAUACUAUGUAUUUUUGACAUUAAUGUUGAAAUCCAAAAUAUAUGCACAAGUCUUUAA